AAGUAACAGUACCGAUAGAAAUAAUACAAUGAGAGCUAUGCAUAUGAUUGGAAAAUAAUUAUGGGUAAAUUAGAUGCUUUAUUAAUGACAGACAGAAGUAUAUGGUUGUGACCUGAAAAAAAACCUAACAUCCCGUUUUCAGAAAAUGGUUUAUCUCUUAUCAGCCAAAUGUAAACAAAAUAUUUGAGGUGUAAACAACUAAGUCCGCUGUUAAUUAUAUGACUACUUCAGAUAUAUAUGAAAACUGUUGUGUGCAAACAAAAGUAGCAAUUAUUCAGAGACAUUAAAGAGUUUGACUGAAUAUUUAGUAGAAACUUCAGAUUUAAAUGUUGUAUUGAAGCAUAUUAUUGUCUUCACACCACUAUUGAUAUCAUAUUUUGGAAUUUAAGUGAUUACCUGAUUGUUUCAUUUAGUCAGUUUAUAGUACAAAUCACAAAAUGGCAACAGGAUCAGUUCAUAAAAGUUCAGACUUGGUGAAGGACUAUGAUUGUGGUGCUUGCGAAGAGAAACAUUUUGAAAAAAGUGCAGAGUUCUUUUGUAACACAUGUUUAAAGCUGUUUUGUGGCGAAUGCAUUAACUUGCAUAAUCAGUUGUACGAAAAACAUGUCUCAUUUGGGAGAGGAGAUAUGAACAAAUGGCCUCUCAGUAAGAAAACAGAGGAUUUUCUACAGAUUUGUCAGGUCCACAAAGGCGAGAAACUGAAAAUGUUUUGUCAUGGCCACAGUCAGCUGUGCUGCACUAGUUGUGUACUACUUAGUCACAGACAGUGUAAGGCGGUGACACUUAUAUCAGAGACAGGUACAAGACUCUCAACAGAUUUGCAGCAGUUUGCAGUUAAGAUUGAAACUGCUAUUAAAGAACUGAAACAACUUCAAAGUACAAGAGAGGGCAAUAUUAACUAUGUAGAUUAUUCAUUCAGUGAACUACUUCAAGAAGUCAGAGAUGUGCGACAGAAAUUAAAUGCUUCUUUAGAUGAAUUAGAAAAGGUGACUAUAAAAGAACUGGAAGACGCAAGGACUGCAAUGAAAGACUCUCUCAAGAUAGAUGUAGAUAACUGCAUCAGACUAAAGGAUGAACUGAAACAACUUACUGAAGCUGUUCAGGAACUUGAUGAUAAGAAGAAUAAGGAGGAGCUCUCGUUUAUAGCUGGCAGGAAAUGUAUGGACAAGGCUCAGGAGUCAGAAAAAUUUCUUAAGAGGAAUUGUGUUAACAUCGAAUGUUCAAUAAUGUUCCAGACAAACACUGACCUUGAACAUUUCUUAGUGAAACAGUUAAGUCUGGGGAAGAUUGUAAAAGGAAGGCAGUCAAUGGCAUUUCAAUUGAAUCCAGACAAGGUGAUCACUUUGAAAGGGAAGUCAGAGCAUGAUAUUACACAUAUCAAGUGACUUAACUCAAACUGGCAUGAUCACAGGCAUCUGUUGUCUCCCUAGUGGCCAGAUUGUUAUUGCAGAUGAAUUGAAUAUGAGAGUGAAGCUGUUAGACCAGCAGUAUAAUGUAGUAAGCGACUGCACUGUGUAUGGUUUUCCAAGGGACAUAUGUCAUAUUACAUGCAAUAAAGUGGCAGUCACUGUGAGAGACCAUCAGACAAGAAGUGUCCAGUUUAUUUCUGUAAGCAAUCGGAAGCUUGUGAACAAAAGGAAGUUUCCAUUACAGCAUGAUGUUCUUGGUAUUUCACAUCACCAAGUAGUAUUGUAUGUCACCUCUCGGACUGCUCUGUACCACUACAGCCUGAAUGGAACACUUGUGAAAAAGAUCUACGAGGACGUAUCAGGUGCUGACACAGUGUGUAAGUGUGCUGUGAGUCCUACUGGUGACAGGAUCUAUGUCACCCAAAAAAAAUAUCACAGGCUCCUCACACUGUCCCCAGAUGGGACUCUGUUAUCAGCCUUUACUGAUACUUCCCUACACAAUCCACAUGUCUGUGUUACACCUGCAGGGCAAGUGUUGGUCAGUGGGUUAGACACCACCAUGCAGGUGGACAGAGAAGGCAGGAGAAAACUAGCUACUUUUGCCACUGAGGCUGAUUCUAUGCGAUCUCCAACGUCAGUCUGCUACAAUAUCAACAGGAAUACAAUCAUUGUGGGAAUGUGGAAUACAUUAACCAGCAAAAUACUUGUGAUUAAAGUGAAGUAGUAAAUUUGUAGAACAUUUAUGGUAAUGACAUUUUAUAUGCAAUGCACAUUGUAAUGGUGUGUUGAUAAUGCAGUCAAACUGGAUGAUACAUGUAUGAUGAAGAUAACCUUGACAAAUGUGCAACAUAUACGCAUUGUGUAAACCUUUUCCAAUGUUAAGUAUAUUCUACAAAAUAAUUCUUCAUAUGUUGAUUAGAUAUUAUUGCAUAAACUCUAUCUUUAAUGCCCUCUGGCAGGGUGCAGAAACUUGGCAAAAGGAGGGCUUGAACGGGAGAAAUCAUGUAUAAACAAGGCAAUUCACGUGCCGUUCAUGCCCUGUUAUGUGUUUUUCAUAUCCAUAAACUGGUCCACACGCAGUUACUUCCCAUUUUUCAUUGGAUUCAAUGAAGUUAUUAUGAACUCCAGCCUUUGACGACUUUCCAAGCAUAAAUGGGAAACUGAAUAAGCACCAGUUUGCUCAUGCAUGCAGGGAUAAAGGCAAUGGAUUUUUCAAUUCACUUUUCAAAUUAUACCAUAUGCACUCUCUUGACAACAGUUUUAUUUUAUUGUCAACGUCAAUGAAGUUAAGGUUAUUUACUCAACACUUUCAAAAGACUAUGCUGUAAAUGUAAGUGUUUAUGUACUUUCAACGUUCCUGCUGUAUGCUUGAAAUACUUCAGUAACAAUAUAUUGGCAGUAUUAAUUUUAAGAAAAUUUAGUUGGAACGAAAUAAGAUAGACCUGUAGACAUCUAGUUGUAUGAAAGAAACAUCUAUGAAAACAAUGACUUAUUCUGACAAUAUAUUUAUCCGUCAUGACAAGUAAAUUAAAAAAUAAUUCAUCAUUUUUUACUUUGCGCGGCUGCAUUUUCAAAUUUGCAUAAAUCCACUGUUUAAACACAUUUUUAAUUCCAAAACUGCCUCUCCGAAGGUAAAGCCUCGUCAUUUCUGAUGAGUCGACCGAGUGAGGCAUAUCUAAAGCACAUCCUUUGAACCUUAUGACGUAAUAUGAAAUAAUUAAAUUAUUUUGUCAAUGUAGAAUGAACAAGACAUAUUGUUUUCAAUGUUAUUUUAAUUUAUUUUGGUAUGUGUGAUUUGUUUAUGGAAUAAUAGCGAAAAUUUGUUCCUCACCUCGUGCUGUGCACUCGGGCAGACACGGAUUUUUGAGCACCCGCAGAUGAUUAUGCCCUCGAAAACGUGUAUUAUCCCUAUAAUGCUAAAUGAUAUUAUGCAUUAGUUUAAUAGUUCUUACUAUAGCAUUGAUAUGAUAACAGAAAUAUUAAUCACAAAUUAUUUUAAAAGUUAUUUAAUAAAUUUAUCAUAUAAAUUGUUUUUUCAACAAUUAACUAUUUAAAUAGAAUUUUUUUGCAUUUAUAACUUGUGAAUAAAUAAAUACUGGGUGUUUUCCCCUCUUAAAUGGACCUGGCAAUUAAGUUUAAAUGGUUUAUUUUCUAAAUGUACAUAACAGUACAAUUUUAUGGAAACAUGACAUUUCAUUAUAAUUAAUGCAUUACCUUGUCAUACAGUGAUGUUCUCUUAACAAUUAUUAUAACAAGUGUCACUCAAUUAAGAAUCAUACAAAUAAUUUUACAAAUAAAUUGCCCUAAACGUUCACAAUAUUGUUAACAAGAUUGUUAAAGUUAUAGUAGAACAAGUUAAUAAACAUUCUAGUAGACUUUCUAAAAUGUGAAAAGUACAUCACUUGAAGUUUCAUUAUUUUCAAGCCAAUUAUUGUCUAUUUUAAAAUAAGAAUGCUAGUGAACAUUUUAAACGUUUAAACUAUCGGAGAUAUCUCUCAUUUUACAUUUACUAAUUUUUGCUAUGUUUACAUUAAUUGAAUGUUGAUCAAAUUAUUUAAAAAUAGCAUUAAGGGUUUAUUUUAAAAAUAAAGUAUUGAUGUAUUAAAUGAUUUAAAUUUGCCUGGAAUGAAUUUCCUCUUUGUAGACACAUAAUUAAAACUGUCAAUCAGUCAUUUAAAAAUGAAUAGUAUGUUGUAAACACCCAGGAAGUAAACAGACAUAAUCUUAAUUGUAAUAUAUUGUUAAUAUUGACAAUCUUCUAACAUAUGUAAAUAUAUCAAAGAGAUACGACCUCAAUAAUACAUGUACUGUUUAGAUGAAUUUUAUUACAGCCUUGAUAGUUUUUUAGUUUUGUUGCCAUGGAUAUGUUUAUUUGAAUUCUUAUUUGACUAUUCUAUGUUUAAUAAUAUAAUGUUGUUUUACCAAUUUAAAUGACAGAAAAUGAAAUUGAUUAUGAUAUGUAUGAAGACAAUGUGCUGUUGUAUGAGUUUGAAUAAACUGUCUGUCUUUU